AAGGAAGCCAUUUUUGUAGCAGAAUGAAAACAACACCAGGCAAAAAUUAAAUAACUACGUCUUUUGUAUGAAAACUUUUGGCAAUCUCAAAUGAUCGGCCUCUUAAUCUAACAAUUUAGACAUUGACACUAGCAAUGGCUGGGCAAUCAGUCGGUGGGCGUAAUUACAAUUUUAAGUGUGUACUUCUCGGGGAAGGAUGUGUUGGAAAAACGUCAUUGGUUUUGAGAUACGUUGAAAACAAAUUUAAUGAUAAGCAUAUAACGACUUUACAGGCAUCAUUUUUAAACAAAAAGUUAAACAUUGGUGGAAAAAGAGUAAAUAUUUCCAUCUGGGAUACCGCAGGUCAAGAAAGGUUUCAUGCAUUAGGUCCAAUAUAUUAUAGAGAUAGUAAUGGUGCUAUUUUAGUCUAUGACAUCACAGAUGAAGAUUCGUUUCAAAAGGUGAAGAAUUGGGUGAAAGAAUUAAGAAGAAUGUUAGGUCAAGAUGUAUGUUUAUGUAUUGUUGGUAAUAAAGUAGAUUUAGAGAAAGACAGACAUGUUACUGUAGCAGAAGCUGAAGAGUAUGCUGCAUCUGUAGGAGCUCGUCAUUUUCACACAUCGGCAAAACUAAAUAGAGGAAUAGAAGAGCUUUUUCUAGAUCUCAGUAAAAAUAUGAUAACUAAAGCGGACGAUAAUACAAGUAAAAAAUCCAGUAGUUUAGGAAGUGGAGCUGGAAGUCGGAGAAGUGUUAUAGUAGUGGAUGAUGAACAACCAACACAGAAGAGUGGGGGAUGUUGUUAACAAACUACUUGUAUCUACAUGAUAGUAGACACAGACCUUAAACUAAAGUUAAAUGAUGAAACAAUGGUUGUUUGAACAGCUAUUUAAUGGCUGAUGUUUGGUUGGUAAUAUUUUUCUAAAGCCAAGAUGUCUGAUCAGAGUUUUAUUUCUUUAUUUAUUCACAAUUAUUUUCUUUCUUCUGUAUAUAUUUAUAUUUUGUAAAUGAGAAUGAUAGCCUAUCCAAUUUGAUUUUAGUUCAAUGAUGGUGUCUACAUCCUUCUGCUCUUUGAAGUUACUAUUAGAAUCAAAUUUUUAGAAAACUGUAUCACUUGCUCAUCUUCAAAUUUUUAUCAAAAUAUUACUGUAAUUGCAUUUAUUCCAUAUAACAACUUUGUUUACAAUUGUUUAUCAAAUAUGAACAAUUCAAAAAAAGAAAUGCCUUUAAGUUCUAAUAGUUUUGCUUUGUUUUACUUUAAGAUGAUUUGUAUUGCUAUAAAGAUACAGGGUUUGUUGAAUGUUUUGUAAUAGAAAAAAUUGUCUGUAUGCAGGUGUGAAUACUUGCUGAUUAGAUAUAUCUGUAAUUUAAUUUCAAUUUUGUGUUUCUCUGUUCAUUGUGUUUUGAUAAAUCAAAAGUUAUUUGAAUUUUGUUUUUUUUCAAAGUCUCUAAUUGUGAGACUACUGUACUUUCAGCAUCCGUAGGUGGAAAGUUUAUAGAGCUAAUGUUUGAUUUUUACUUUAUGUAUUCUUUUACGAAAUCACAAUUCUUUAUGAUCUUCAUAAUUCUUUUAAGAAAAUAUCAAAAAUAUUACUAAGGUCAAUCCAUUUGCUAGUGUGUUAUCUAGAGUGCAAGCCAAUUUAAUUCCAUAUUACCACCUCCUUCAAUAUUUAGGCUGUAAUUGAUUCAGUGUCAGUGUACUUGUUUAUUGUGUAGAGUGGAAAAUUCAUUUCAUAUAUUUCAUUUAUUAAUAAAGAAACGCAGAUGUUUUAAGGUUCUCUGAUGCAAUUCUAAUUACAACAGUCUAUGAAAGACUUAAUAGAAGUUAAUCCGAUCUGUGUGAAGAUAUACAAUAUAGUUUUAUAAAAAAUGUUAAAUAUUUGUUAUUAAUGAGAUAUUUAUUUGUAUAAUCAGUGCUAUAUGUUUCAAAAUGUUCUGUUUUUGUUACACACUUGUAAAUCAUGUACAAAAUAAAAUAUUCAUAAACU